UCCGGAUUCUCUACGGGCACACACAUACGCGGAGAAAGCUGUCAAGUGCUCGAUAUCGCGGUUUGCUAAAGUCAGCUGACGCCAAGAUGCAACUGGCCAUUCGCGGACUGUAAUGAGCUCGCCCGUAGUCGCGUGAGAUUACUUAACAGAAUCGUUCUCUCGCGGAAGGAAGGCAGCGGAAGUUCGUUCUCUCUUCGCGGGUUCGCGAGUCCGAGGAAUCGGCGCACGCUUCGUUGCACCUUGAAGAGUAAAGGAAGAUCAUCAUCAUGCCGCUUAGCGCAGACGUAUCCACGGCGCUCCACCUGCUGGAGCACGUGCAGGAACGCGUCGAGGACUGCGACGAUCCCAAGUUGCAGAUGCACACGUCCCAGGACCUGAAGUCGCUCAUUUCUUUGCUGGAGGACCCGGUGUUUCGCAGCAUCGUCACGAUCCAGGACUCGCUGAUCGAGCUGAACACCCAGCUGACGCACCACCCGUCCAUCCUGCCCGGCGACUUCGAUAUCAACAUUAGCGGACAACUGGAGCUCUCUGUUCCGAACACUCCGGUGCAACCGCUUGGCCCGAACAUGUACCAAGACCUGUAUCAGGACAGCAGCGAGCUGGAGGAUCAGAGGGUUCCCGUCGCUCCGCUACUGCACAGCAGCAGCGAAGACACGAGCGCGCAGGUUACUAGCCCCAGUCUUGUUUCAGAAGUUAUGGGAAUGCCGCCUAUAACCACUCCCACUUACGCCAAAGAGUUUAAGAAGGUCAUCGAGGCUGCGGCGAGGGGACGACAGAUAUUUACCGUGCAGUUGUACAAGCCGGAAGGCACCAGCUUGGGAUUCAGCGUGGUCGGACUUCGCAGCAAAGACAAGGGCGAACUCGGCAUAUUCCUGCAGGAGAUACAGCCCAACGGCAUCGCAGGCUGCGACGGCCGACUGGUAGAGGGAGAUCAGAUACUGGCGAUCGAUGGACAGCCAUUAGACUCGAACAUCUCCCAUGAGCAGGCGAUCUCGAUUCUUCAGAAGGCUCGCGGUCUGGUUGAGCUGGUCGUAGCAAGAAGCGCCCAAGACGUUGGGAGCUCUUUGCCAACGGAUGAAUUGUCCGGUGGUUCGAGUUCGACAGCGGCCGCAGGAGCAGCGUCGUCCAUCGUCGGCGGCGGCGGCGGUGCCGCUGCCGGGAACAAUCAGACAAGCUCCGACAAGGAUCAAUCGGUGUCAGCGUCGUCCACCGUCGUUACACCGGCGCCGACCCCGAAGUCAAGCCAACCGGCUAGCACCACUUCGGCGGCGACCCCGACGCCCACGCAUACGCCAACACCUACGCCGACCUCGACACCGGUACCUGGAGGCCUCGUUAUCGAAAGGAGCCCCUCCGCCGUCAGCGACGCCUCCAAGAGUGGCUCUGACAUGGUGUUGAAUACGGAAUGGGCUCAAGUUGAAGUGAUAAACCUAAUAAACGAUGGCAGCGGUCUUGGAUUCGGCAUCAUCGGCGGCCGUAGCACUGGCGUCGUCGUUAAAACCAUUCUUCCUGGAGGAGUCGCUGAUCGCGAUAAUCGGCUCCAGAGCGGGGACCACAUAUUGCAGAUCGGCGAUGUCAAUCUCCGCGGGAUGGGAAGCGAACAAGUUGCCGCGGUUUUACGUCAAUCGGGCACCCACGUGCGACUCGUCGUCGCCCGACCUGUGGAGCCAACUUCGCCAGAUUAUCAGGCCCUCGGAAGUCACGCUCCGAUCGUCCCCACGAAAAUCCUUGGGGAUCCGGACGAGCUGGACAGACACCUGGUGCACAGCGUUCCGGAGAGCUACAACAUGCGACACGUGCAGGGGGGCGACACGAGCUACGACAACGGUUACAUGUACUCACAGGAGUCCGACAUUGAAAUGCACGCAAGACCCGGUCUCAUCAUGGAUGUGGUACGCAACCCAAUGCCAAUUGGCGCGAUGCCAGUUAUACCGGCGGUGCCACUUCCGGUGCAGCUCCAGGACCUGCCGGUGCUCACCAUGGAGCCCCUCGACAUUAAUUCACUGCCAGAAAUGGAGCGCUUCACGGUCGAACUUACGAAGGACAUUUACGGCCUUGGGAUCACUAUCGCCGGAUACGUAUGCGAGAAAGAGGAGCUCUCUGGCAUCUUCGUGAAGAGCAUCAGCGAGGGUAGCGCGGCUGACUUGAGCAAUAAGAUCCAGAUUAACGAUCGGAUAGUCGAGGUGGACGGGCACUCCCUGCAGGGUUACACUAAUCAUGAGGCUGUAGAGGUGUUGAGACGUACGGGGCAAACGGUGUCCCUUUGCUUGGAGCGAUACCUGCGUGGACCAAAGUUCGAACAGCUUCAGCAAGCGAUCGCCGCGAGCGAGUUGAGACCGCCACAGCCGAGUUCACCGUCGAUAACGAGCCUACCCAGUUUCCCGAUGAGCGCGGACGGAGAAACGACAACCGAGAUAGAGCCGGAGGGCGAGUCCCAUACCACCGUGGACAGCGCGGUACUGCAGGAAGGAGAGCGUUUACGAUCGUCGGAUGAGCAAGACGAGGCGACCAACGUGGAGGCUCUGUUGAGCGAUCCAUCGAGUGAGCUCACACCGCAAAUUCGCGCGGCGAUCAAGGCAAAGUGGCAAAAGAUUGUCGGACCCGACACCGAGAUAGUGGUCGCUCAGCUGAAGAAGUUCGCCGAGGGUAGUGGUCUCGGAAUCAGCCUGGAGGGAACGGUGGAUGUGGAGAACGGUCAGGAAGUGAGGCCUCAUCAUUACAUACGUUCGAUCCUGCCGGAAGGCCCUGUCGGACAAAACGGCACAUUGCGCUCUGGCGACGAGCUACUAGAGGUAAACGGCUAUCGCUUAUUGGGCAUCAAUCACAUGGAAGUUGUCAGCGUGCUGAAGGAGUUGCCUAUACACGUUCGCAUGGUAUGUGGAAGGAACAUCGCCUCGCAGGAUCCGCUCUGUCCCAUCGACACUGCUCAACAUCAGGCUGCUUUCCAGACCAGAAGCAUCCUCGGCGGGUCUCUGCAGAAUCUGUUGCCCACGAUGGACCGUCUCGUGAAGGCAAAGUCGGACGGUUCCCUGGCUUCGACGACGACCACGGCUACGGUGACCGACGCGAGUCUAAACAAAAUGAAGUCGCGCUCACUGGAACCGCUGACCGGUCUGGCGAUGUGGAGCUCCGAGCCGCAAAUAAUCGAAUUGGUUAAAGGAGAGAGGGGCCUUGGGUUCUCCAUUUUGGAUUAUCAGGAUCCAAUGAACCCCAACGAAACUGUGAUAGUAAUACGAUCGCUCGUGCCUGGCGGCGUGGCACAGGUCGACGGGCAGUUAAUACCGGGCGAUCGGCUUCUGUUCGUGAACGACAUCGCAUUAGAGAACGCAACACUGGACCAGGCCGUGCAGGCCCUCAAAGGCGCCCCGAAGGGGACCGUUCGCAUCGGCGUAGCCAAGCCGCUGCCAAUACCAGACAGUAUUGUCCAGCAGAAGGUAACACCGAAGAUCAAACGGAGCAAAAGUUUCCCCAACGAGAGCGAAACCACCGAUCGCGCGGCCGAGCUUGAAGACAUGCUUUCUUCAAGAUCAGGAAUAACCGAAACAUCAACGAACAAACCGGAAGUCGAUGAGGACGAGGAAGAAGAGCAGUGGAAGGACGCUUCUCCGCUGACGCCGAUCUGUAGUCCGGCGCGGCGGCCGGCCAAGCUCCAUCAUCGAGAUAAACGCUCGCCGACCAGAUACGUCGACGUUGAUAACGACGUCGAGAUUAUUCACGAGUUCUACCCGACCACGUCGAAGACGAUGCUCGAGGAGACGAGCAUCGUGUCGUACGGCGGCACGAUAAUCGUCGAGACUACGAGAAUACCCAGGCACACGAAGGACGUGGCGGCGAGGAUGGAGAAGGUGGGUCCGAAAGUGAAAUUGAAGAAGCAAGCGUCCCUGGAACUAGACCGGGUGCCGCCCGUUCAGGAGGAACCGUCCUCCAGCGCGGAAGAAGUAUCCAGGGUGACCGCGACGAUGAAAUCCUUGCGAGAGACGGAAAAGGCGGAACGCAGAAAGAGCCUGAAGCGUCACAGCAGCGUGGAAUCCGAAGGGCGGACGUCUACGUCGCGGGAAACGCUGGAGCGAUCGGACACAUCGUCGGAGAAGGGCGCCAAGAAGAAGGUCUUCACGGAGAAGGAAGAAGGUAAGAGACGAUCGAAGAAGUCGGGGAAGAGGUCAGCCAAGAGCGAGCGCAAGCUGGAGGAAGAGUCGUCGAGGCGGCGGCUGGAAUCGCUGGAGGACGAGCCGUAUCGACGAACGCGGGAGGAGAGAAAGAGCCUGAAAGAGCAGGAGUGUAUCGAGAGGGUGACGGAGUUCCUGACGAGACACAGCAUCCCGAGUUACCCGGACAUGAGCCUCGUGAUGGCGGAGAUCACCGUUCCUGAAGUGGUCGACGAGCAAUCGGAGCAACGAGUCAAACGUCCAUCGGUUAUUGGCAGAGAAGAGAAAAUUGUGAGCCCCCCAACGGUAGUCGAAACGUCUAUUGCGUCGACAAAGAGAAAAGAGAGCCUAAAGAGCGUGCCUGAGACGGUAGAGGAGACGAAGGACUCCCGGAAAGACUCAAAAACGACUGCAAAAGACACUAAGAGACUCUCGGAGAGCAAAAGACAACGGCCAAUCUUGGAGCGAACAACGACAAUCGUUCCAGACGCUCAACAAUCCGAACCGGCGGUUCAAGAGCCUGUAAAGCGUCCUAGCUCAUUGAGGAAAAGGCGAGACUCCUUCUCCAGAGAGUCCUCGAGAGAGUCGUUGUUGGAGGAGAAGAAGGGUGUCAGAAUCCAAGAGGACGUUCAAGAAAUCUUCUUUGAAGAUACGAGCGACCAGGUAACCGACUUGCUGCCGGAAGUUCAACUAGUGACCGCCAGAAUCAUUACAGCGGAAGAGGCAUCCGCUUCAGCUUCGACGCUUCGUUUCGAAGAGGCGACUACUAGAAUCGAGAUCUACUCGCCGCCGGAAGUAGCAGUGGUUUCCGAGACGGUUAAGGCGAGAUUGAUGCGGGCACCGUCGCCGGAAGUGGUCGACGUCGCGUCGACGUUGCAGCUGCCCGCCUUGGCGAAAUCGACCUCGGAAACUACUUUGACAGAGGAGAAGCUCGAAACCGCCGAAGACCACAAGAUCUCUGUGCGAAAUCUCAAGCCGGAAAUCCUCUUAGAUCUGUCGAAAAUGUCUGAUAACGGCGAGGAGAUCGAGGAGACGGGCGAGGACGGCAGGGAAGUCAAAGAGAGGCGACUCAGUAGAACUGGAAGCGAAGGUUCGAAGAGAUUGGCUAAAGGCCAGAAGCAGGAAGAGUUUCCUUUCACAAUUGGUAGCCUCGCGCAGCCAGACAGACCGCACCUAACGAUCCUGCAUGAGAGCCUGACGGGAAGUGUCGGAGAUAUCCCGAGGAAGAUUACAGCGGAAGAUGCGAAAGAAAGUGCCGCUUCUAGCGUUCGGCGCAAAUCCAUUCCCAUUCCGAGGGACCUCCCGAUCCGACCGAGCGAGCUUGCCGAUCUCGUGAUCCCAGCGCAAGAGGAUCUCCAAAAGAAGGAGGAGGCUCGCGAUUAUGGACAGACACCUUCGCGACAGAAACGCUCGCCGCUGGAGGAAGUAAUUCGCAGGCACGAGGAGGACAGCUUGAUCUGCAAGGAGCAUUCCUUGGAGUAUCAGAGCCAGACGCUCGAGAGCCAGUCGGAUCACCUGUUCCACGAGGUGAUCGCUAGUUCGCUGGAGGACGUGUUGAGACCAAUCCCCGAGAGCUGGACCCGCGAAGUUUACGAGGAGAGUCUCGAGGAGGUCGAGCACAGCUUCAAGGAGACGCAGUACUCGCCCAAGGAGAAGCGCGACGUGCAGACGCAGACUGUGCAGGAGUCGAAGAGCACGCAGUGCAGUCCUGAGCAGAGUGUGACGAGCCCGUACGAGGAGCCGUCCAGAAUCAGCCCGUUCCACGUCGGCCAGAAGUACUUCCAGAGCCCGCGGCGGGAAGUGCAGACGCAGACCCAGGGCGAGGAUAAGAGUGUGCAGUGCUCGUUGGAUGACCUGGGCGAACUCGUGAGAGGUGAGUUCACCGACAGCCCGGCCCGGUCGGAGCAGAUACAGGAGUCGAAGAGCAUCCAGUGCAUACCGGAGGACAUUUCCGUGAGAUCCCCCGACCGCUCGAGAUCCUACCCGCGCGAGGACAUCCUGCGCAGUCCGCGACGUGAGGUCGAGGUACAGACCUACCAGGAAUCAAAGGCGAUCCAAUGCAGCGACGACGAGCUGCUCGAGGCUGAUCAGCCGGACGCUGGAACGCAUCCGGAACGCCAGAGCAGGCCAGCCAGCUCGACGUCCAGGAAGACCGAGAGCUCGCCCUCGUCGAGCUCGAGCUCGCCGCGCAAGUUCCCGACGGUCGUCUUCGUGGAGGGGAAGGGGGACAUGACUGUCACGCACCGGGAGCACGAUGGUGAUGUCGCCUGGUCGAAGCACUGGGGCCCCGAGAGACUGGUGGAGAUAUACAGGGAGCCUAAGACCAGCCUGGGGCUCAGUAUCGUUGGCGGCAAGGUACGCAAGGUUGAUCUGCACAAUGGUGGCUCCAGCAAGUCCCAGAAUAUCUCCGGGAUAUUCAUAAAGAAUGUUCUACCGAAUAGCCCAGCCGGUAGAACCGGUGGUCUCAAGAUCGGAGAUAGAAUAAUUGAGGUAGACGGCGUGGAUCUGCGACACAGUACACACGAGCGCGCAGUGGAAGUUAUUCAAGCCGCCGGAAAUCCUGUUUGCCUCCUCGUCCAGUCUCUGGUGCACUUGAGUCCGGAGCACGGCAGCUCCGUUCACGAGGAAAGAGAUACCAAAGCCCGGAAGCAGACCGUCAAGGGUCAUACGUCGUCGUCUUCCGGCAUCAGUCCUAGUACACCGACAACCUCCUUUCGUCGCAAACCAUCGCCGGUUUCGCCAGCGAGGUCCAUCACACCAGAAGUGAUACAGGCAGGGCUCGAGGACGGCGACGCUCAAAGCAUCUCGCGCGGGGAUCUCCAUAGGCAGAGUUCGAAAAGUUCAGAUGCCGCAGGUUCCAGUUCGCGAAGAUCCUCCAUGAAGAAGUCAAUUCGAAAAACAGCCCCUUCGCCCCCCGUGAAUCCGGGUAUCCUUCGCGAAGUCAGUGAGGAACGAGAGGAUCAUGCCAUCACAGAACCUCCAGCAAAGACAAAAUAUUCCUCGGACGAAAGCUCGGAUGAAGAGGAUACUCGCAUGCUGGAGGGAAAUGUCUACACGAAGAGUGGCAUCGAGAUCUCGAGAAAAAGCGCCGGGAACGUGAAACGUACGAAGGCGGAAAUCGAGGCGGAUCCGGAGAAGGAGGACGAGUUCGGCUACACGGCUAUGAAGAUACAGAAAAAGUAUCAGAAUCUCGGGCAUAAAGUGCUGAUGGUUACUUUGGAAAAGGACAGGCGUGGAUUGGGUAUCUCUCUGGCGGGGCAUAAGGAUAGAAAUCGUAUGGCGGUGUUUGUGUGCGGCCUCAAUCCAAAGGGUGCAGCUUAUAAGAACGGUGGGAUUCUCAUCGGCGACGAGAUAUUGGAGAUAAAUGGUUGCGUAUUGCAAGGACGGUGCCACUUGAACGCUUCCGCUCUCAUCAAAGGCAUCAUCGGCACUCGUUUCAAAAUCAUCCUUUACCGAAGAUCGAAGGCUGUCGACGACAUCGCUGUGAAGCCGAUAGUGCAAUUCCCACCAACCCUAGACGACGUUUACAUAGACUACGACAAGUACAAGGGAGUCCACGAGGUGCAAGUGAAGAAGAGCCAAUACGGUCUGGGCAUAAUGAUCAUCGAAGGGAAACAUCUCGCCGUAGGACAGGGUAUCUUCGUGUCCGAUAUACAGGAAGAAAGCGCCGCAGAACAGGCUGGAUUGCAAGUGGGCGACAUGAUCCUGGCCGUCAAUCAGGAUAGUCUGUUGGGUCGAACGUACGACGAGGCGACAGAGUUGUUGAAGAAGGCUGAGGGUGUGGUUAGGCUCACAGUGUGCAAUCCCAAUGAGUGUAAAACGGAAGAUCAAAAGGGACAGAAGGGUAAAGAUAGUGCUGCUUCGACUUCUGCUGCGCAGAAGACGCCGCGGAAAGCUGUAUCAACUGCGAAGGAAACGGCGAAAGCGGAAAAGCAGAACCCAAAGACUAGCAAGAUAUUGAUCGGCACGGAAGUGGCGAUAGAAUUUCAGAAGGAAAAGGAUGAGGUCGUAGGCAUCUUCAUCGCCGGCGGUGCCGACACACCCAUGAACGGGGUGUUUGUUCUGGACAUGUUUCCCGAGGGCGCGGCCGGGAAGGACGGCCGGCUGCAGCCCGGUGAUCAGAUUCUCAGCAUGUGCAACGAGAACUUCAGGAGUAUCGAUUACGAGAAGGCCCGUGAAACCAUCCUGAAGCAAGCUUCUGGGACUAUCACAAUGACAGUGUUGCGCCACGAGAAACCAGCCGAAGAGUACGAGGUCGAGAUACAGAAGAAGACCGGCAGAGGGGCCGGCAUCUGUUUCGCCGCGUACAGAAGCGGCAAGGGAGCCUACGUGAGCGAGUUGACGGCAGGCGGCAACGCCAUUGAAACCGGUAAGAUCUGCAAGGGCGAUCAGCUCAUAGCGAUCAGCGGAUUGGACGUUCGCGAGGUUUCCUUGGAUGACAUCGCCUUUCACAUGAAAAUAUCGAAUCCGCUGCAAUUGAAGCUGGCGAGGUACAAGUCCGCCAAACAAUGACAGGGUUCUGGGGGCGGAACUCUCAGCGCGUGUCCCGACGUACGAAGAAGCACCUACCGACAUCGUGGAUUCUAGUGUGAUAUAUAGAUAAAAAAAGUAUCUCUCUUGAUAAGUGUAAGUACCUUUGUUACGAGAGCCGAAAGCGCGUGGAGAAUCGCGCGGCUCGCUCUACUAGCUGCGCGCCAAGCGUCGCCGAUCGAUCUUGCCGUUCGAAUUCGCGAACUCGCGUGCAACGAGAAGCAAAAGCUGGAAGAAGGUGAAGAAUUGCGAAUGCAUCCGCGAAUUCGCGCGGAUGCUGCGUGCGGAUAAGGUCCAACCGGAACCGGCACCGGCGAAGGCACGCGAGUACGAGAGAAGAAUUAGGAGACUUUUUGUAGCCGACUUAGGACGAAACCAGGCGUGUCGUCGAUUGUCAAGACGGCCGAUUAAGCUUCUGUCGAUUAAUAAGUAUUAAUUAUACUUGCCGACGUCGAUCGAGCUCGUAAACGAUUCCGUCUGCCGACGCUCGCGCUCGUGCAAGAGUAGCCGAACACACACACACAGACACACACAUGCAUACAUACAUACAUAUUAUACAUACAUACGUACACACCUUAUUAUAUGAAUAUACUAUUAUAAUUAUACGUAUAACGGAGUAAUAUACUUACUACGUCAUCACGCCGCGCGCGAUAAUAGUGACGAGCCUUCGUUCUCGUUCAGCGUAGAACGCGGAUAGAACACAUAAAUCGAUAAUAAUCAGCGAGUCCACGCUCAUCGACGCAAAUGACUUGCAGAUGAUAGGAGGAACGGAGAGAGGGAGGGGGAGAAAUUGAACGAAUCGUUCAGAUUUCUUGUUCUUUUCUCUUCGAACGCGCCGCUCUCCUCGUAUCAUCGAUACAAAAUCGGAAUCGCUUGUACGUUUUUUCGUACGAUACCCCGUAUACUUAAGGCAGGCAGAUAGAUUAUUAUAGAAUCGACUGUUAGCGCAUGUAGUCCUCUCGAAUCGCGGAGCGAUUUCCUUCUUUUCCACGAUGAGACUCUAGUCCCGCCCGAGAUCGGCGUUUCGGCGCUCUUCGCUCCUCGAUUACCGCUUUCGCUCGCGUCACCGUAAUACUGUUACCGUAAUACUGUCUCGUACUGUAUUUUUCAAUGUUAAUAAGAAGCACGAGAGAGAGAGAGAACAAAGUCCGAGCUGCAGCGAACGAUGUAAUGCGUGCGUUAACACACUCGGAUCGUACACACCGCCGCGAAUAUUCUCUUGUUAAGCACUGUACCCUCAUUUAUCCAGUUUUACGUAAAUAAGAGACGCAACGUCGUUAGACACGUUAGCUGGUAGCUGUUUAAUAAAAUCGAUCUGCGAAAUUUUGUAACUUUUAUCACUUGACUUAUUGUAAAUGAAUGAGAAAAUCGUGCCGAGCGUUACGACGCGAAACAUUAGGAUCACCCUCAUCAAUUUUACCUACUAAGAGUCUAAGAUCGCGUAACUUGGAUGUAUCGUUACGCAGAUAUCGUUCGGGGCAGCUUGCACAUCAAGCUUGUACUUAUCAUUAAUAGAUAGAACACCGCCUAAGGAUCGUAGAGCUAAUAAGAGGAGCCACUCGCAUACAUACACACACGCAUACACACGUCAUGCACUGUUCAACGAGUACAGAGAGCGAUCGAGAAACGGCGAUUGAGGGAUUAUUAGUAGUAAGUAAUGCUUGGAGACACAUGGUCUCGCCGUCUAGCGUUAUAAUCGAGCUGUAUCUAACACCAAUGGCGGAUCGUCCCAAGUGUUCAAGCGUCUAUGUUCUGACUUGCCGGUCGUCAACGUGGACGGCUGAGAAGUCCACUGGCUUGUUGAAUGCGCGUAGUUGAGCCGACCCUUACCGCGACUAGUCCUUACGGUAUUUAGCUUAGAGAUUUUCAGAGAGAAAGAAGGGAGGAACAAAGAAGAUACAGAGGAAAAGAAAUUAUAUAUACGUAUAUAUAUACAUAGAAAGAGAAAAAGAGAAAGAAAGAGCAAGUAAAUAUAUAUAUAAAUGAAUAUAGAGAGAUAUAAAUGCAGAAUCUAUAUAUAAGAGUCGCGGAAGCACGUUUAUUUCACGAGCCCGUUCGUGUCAGUGGCUACACGUACUCAUCUCGAGCGUUUUGCAUUUGAAUUUCACAUAGUUUAUUAUUGUAGCAAGAUGUUUGAUAAGGACGAUAUUGUUGUGUCGUGUGGACGACGCGCCGAUGUCUCGAAGAUAUUAAGUAUCGUCGUCACUAAAA